AUGUCCGCCGCGACGGGACGCGCGACGCUCGCGACGGGCGCGCGACGGGACGCGCGACGCGCGCGACGCGCGACGCGCCCGCGCGCGAGCGCGCCCUCGGGCGUGGACGACGGCGCGGUGAGCAUCCGACGACGACCGCCGAACGGACCGUCCAAGCACGACCUGGGCGUCGGACAGUUUGAGUUCGUGAUCGAGGAAGUCGCGCCGACGGGCGAGCGGGUGACGAACGAGAACAACAAGCCGAAGAACAUCUUGGAGGAGAUCGUGUGGUAUAAAGACGUGGAACUCGCGGAACGCAAGGAGAAAUUCCCGUUGCAGUUGGUGCGAACGGCGCUGGUGAACGCGCCGCCGACGAGGGAUUUUGUGAAGGCGAUCACGGAUCAGUUGGCGGCGACGAAACAGCCGGGACUGAUCGCGGAGGUGAAGAAGGCGUCGCCGUCGAAGGGGGUGAUUCAGCCGAAUUUUGAUCCGGUGAAAAUCGCGAAGGCGUACGAGGAGGGUGGGGCGGCGUGUUUGAGCGUGUUGACGGAUGAAAAGUUCUUUCAGGGUGGAUUUGAAAACUUGGCGCUCAUUCGCGAGGCUGGGGUGACGUGCCCGUUGCUCUGCAAGGAGUUCAUCGUGGACGCGUAUCAAAUUUAUCUCGCGCGCAAGUACGGCGCCGACGCGAUUUUGUUGAUCGCCGCGGUUUUGCCCAACCAAGAUUUGAAGUACUUCAUUAAGAUUGCGCACUCGCUGGGCAUGAAGUGCUUGAUCGAGGUGCACACGUACGGGGAGAUGAAGCGCGUGUUGGACGGAGACUUUCCCAUCGAUUUGCUCGGCAUCAACAACCGGGAUUUGGGAACGUUUGAGGUCAGCUUGAGCGUCACCACCGAUCUCAUGAACGGGCCGCUCGGCGAGGAGGUUAAGAGACGCGGCAUCACCAUGGUUGGCGAGUCUGGAAUCUUCACCAUCGACGACGUCAACUUGUUGCAAGAUUCCGGCGUCGGCGCGGUCUUGGUCGGCGAGUCCCUCGUCAAGCAGGACACCCCGGACGUCGGCAUCAAGAAAUUGUUCGGCCGCCCGGUGUGAUUCGAUCACGCGCGAUUUCCAUCGACUCGACACGAUUUUUAACCCGCCCCGCGCGAGUACCGCUGAUUUAAUGACAACCACUAUCCAUCCGGAAUGCGCCGCUACCAUGCGAAAUUUCUAGACUUGAGAUUACACGUCGACAUUCUUAUCGAUCAUCUUCAUGCUCAUACUCCCCAUUCGUCGUCGUCGUUGCCGUACUGCGCGUGCCCGCCUGAUUGCGGGGCGUUAUUCCAACCUGGCGGCGGCGGCAUCAUGUGGUUGCCGCCGCCAGCGUAUCCUCCGUGAACGACGCCGAUCGGCGUGGGCGUGUAGCCCGGCGGCGCCUCUGGCGCAUGUUGCGCCGCAUAGGCAGGAAGCUGCACGUACGUCACGUUCGGCGUGGCUUGCUGAGGCUGUGCCGGCCGCGGUUGGGCCCCUAUGUCGUAAAUAUCGCCAAGCGUGUACUGGCCUCUGCCUGUCAGACGCCUCACGAGCCCACGCGGUUUCUGCUGCUGCUGCACCACGUGCGGCUGCUGCUGCUGCUGCUG